GGCGUCGUGGAGUUUCGGCAACGCUGUAAUCGACUGUCGGAGAUUACGUAAACUAGCACCAGCCCGUGACUGUCUUUGGAGGAAGAUCGCCAUUUUAUAUUGAACUAUUUGAGAGAAUUAAUGCGAGGUCGACGAAGAUAGUGUGAGUGUUGUGUGUUGGGUGUAGUACGUACGUGUUGUUAAUGGUGUAGUAAACAAUUGGAUUAGAAUAAAAAACAAUUUAUAAAAUGAAAAAUUUUGUGUUGUGUGUUACCUUGAAUUUUCUAUUUUUUAUCAGCAGCGUAAUUUCAAUUGAAAUAACGGCAGUAGAACAAACCGUUGUAUUUACACCGAAAACAUCGUUUUCGAUACAGUGUAAUGUAUCGGACACUACAGGAAAUCCUCAAAUCAUUUGGAAAAAAGAUCAAAAUGAGGUAACGAAUAUAGAAAGCCUUAAAAAUAAAAUAGAAACUACUUAUAAUGCUACGAAAGGCCUGGCGACGUUGAAAAUAAAUAAUCCAAAAGAAGAUGCCGGCGGUAAUUACAGUUGUGUCGCUAAUCCGAAAACGGCCGAAGAAACAUCCGCCUUAAUUCACGUAGCAAGAUCAGUUCUUGUGAAAGUCCAAGCUAAUAUAAACGUGGUAGAAGAAGAAAAAUUAAGGGUGCAAUGUAAAGUUUUGGGUAAUCCCGAAAUCACAUGGAUUUUUCAAAAUGAAACUUACAAUGAAACAAAGGGCCGUGUCCACGUAGAAGAUUAUACGGAAGAUGGAAAAACCGUUAAAAACGGAAUGCUUAUCGUCGAUGGAAUUACCCAAGCAGAACGAGGUUUUGUUACUUGUAUAGGAGAAGAUCUAUUUACAAAUACUUCUUCCAGUUCGCAGUGUAUGGUUAGAGUUAAAGAUAAAUAUGCCGCCCUUUGGCCUUUCCUAGGUAUAUGUGCUGAAGUUAUCGUUUUAUGCGCCAUUAUUAUAAUAUAUGAAAAGAAACGUAAUAAGACAGAACUUGAAGAAAGUGAUACAGACCAAAGUCCAGACCAAAAGAACACCCCUGACCACGGGAAAGACGCCAAUUUGAGACACAGACAGUGAAAAUUUAACAAAUAAACAAAAAAACCGCCGUUCAGAUUAAUAAAUUAUUAUAUAAGAACUAUCUAGAAGUUAUAAACAGUUAUAUUGUACAAAUGUUUAGUCGGGCCUAAACGACUCGACGACAUUUCUCGUUCGAAGAUGUUUUUGGAGUACUGUACACCAAAAAAAAAAACAAAACAAUUUUUAGGUUAUUAGAUUUAAAUUGUUAUAAAAGCCUUCCCAAUACGUUUGCCUUAGAUAGCAGCCUUUUUAUUGUAGGUUUAAAAAACGCGUAUCGAUCAUUUCUUUUUUUUUAUUCAUGAAUGUUUUUUUUAUUUUUCGGUACUCAAAUAUGUAGAUAUUGUAAAAUCAUUGUUAUGCAACUAAAUCGGCUGAUAUUUAAUGUAAACUAAAAAUAAUACGUCGUACCGUUGUAUAUAUUUAUAUAACAUAUAAGAAUAUUGAAAAAAAAAAAACAAAAAAAAAAUGUACACUCCUGUUAAAUAAUUAUGUUUUUUUUGUGGAAUGUUUUUUUUUAUUUUUCGUUUUGUCCCAGGCUGUUACCAAACUCGCGAUUUAUCUUUCCAACAACUACAAAUCAAAUUAAAUUAAUUAUUAAUAAUUAUAGAUUAAAAAAAACUUUCUAGAGUCCCCCUGAAGUUGCUAAUUUUUUUUUCAAAAAUGAUAUUCCAAAGAAAUUCAUUCAUAAACAGAUAUACUUAUUUGGUUUUUUAAUAAAUUACUUGUUGGAUAGACCCGAUGACUUUAUAUAAGAUUCUGCGGGUCGUGAACCUUUUAGAUCGCUGGGAAACAGCAAAAACCUACAACAUCGACGAAUGAUGAAGUUCUAAGAGAAACGUUAAAAGAAGAUGAAAAAAUUGAUAAUUGGAACGAUUCUUCUUGGUUUUUUAGAAAAAAGAUUUUUAGAAAUUUACUCGCUGUUUUUUUCCAAAUUAGAUCGUGAUUUUUCUGUUGAAGGAUUAACAUCGCUUUAGAUAGCCCCGAUAUAGGAUUUUUCCACCUGCAUGUCCCGAAUUGAAAUAUUUUCUACUCGCGCGGGUCACGAACCAUUUAGGUCACAUAGAAAUAGUAAUAAAACAUGCAACAUCAACGAAUGAUGAAAUCAUAGAAGAAUUAUUCAAAAAAGAAUAAGAUAGUAGUAGGAACGUUUCUUCUUCGUUUUUGAGAAAAUAGAUUGUCACAAAGUUUUUUUUUCUGAUUAGUUUGGAAUGUUCUUAAUAUAGUUUUGAAUGGCCCUGAUAUAGGAUUGUUAUCCUCCGCAUGGUUCAAAUUACGAUUAUUUUGGAUAGCCCUGAUGUAAGAUUAUUUUCCUCUGCAAGGCUCGAAUUGAAUUUUCUUACGUCCUACAGCUUUUGGACGAUUUGGUCCACCGGGUUACAGAUAAACAGCAGAAAACCUGCAACACCUUCGAGGGAAGUAGGGAUAGGAGAAUCAUUCCAAAGGGACAAGGUAAUUCGUUUCUUGGGUUUGAAGCAAAGAAGUUCUCUGGUAAAUCAAUAUGUGUGGUAACGGUGAUCCCAGACAUGAUUGUUUGAAUCACAUGGAUUUUGGAGAUAGUUUAGAAGACUCUAAAUGGAAAUAACCUUGAUGAGUCAUCCUCAGAUCUCGUGGUGCUUUCCUCCAAACAUCUGGAAAAAAUUUUGUAGUAGAAGUCUGGGAAUUGGGACGCUUUUGAAUAUCAAGUUCCUUUUCCGAUACCUAAUCGAGAAUUUUUGGAACCAGAUAAAAAAAUUUCUUCUUUGAAGCAUAUUUAUAUAAAUGGAAACGAUUUAACUUGAUCAAAAUUGCCAAAGAAUAAUUUUGACGAUAUGCGAUGAUGCCAGGUUGAUAUUUGUUUCAUAGGAACCACAAAAAAAUUUUAAAAUCGAUAUUUGGCGCAAAUUUGGAGGCAAUUCGUUUUUUGUUUGUUUUUUUCAAUUCGUACAAAUUUUUUUAACUAUAAGUAAGGUUAGAAAUAUUGCACUUCUGUAUCUUCUAGUGAUGCUUGUGUGUAACUGCUCAGCGCUUUUUUUCUAUCGUUCUUAUGUAUCCUGGUUACAACCACCUUUGAUUAAAAUAGGGGGUAAACAAUAUAAAAAAUAUAACCUCUAAUACAACUUUGUGUUACGUCAUUUUAUAUAUAAUAUUUUUUUUCCGGAAAUUCUUUGUCCUCAAUUUUUUUAACGGUAAUUUCCUCAUAAUUAUUUUCUUGUUGCUUCUAUAGUAUUUUUUUAUUAUUUUUUGUUUCUCAACAUAUUUUCUCCUCAAAUCCUGAAUUUACAAAAAUGCGGAAAACAUAACCUCAAACACUCAUUAUUCUAUAACCCUCGUAAUUUUGAAUUUCCGCUUUUUAUUUUCUGGAAUAUUUCAUGGAGUUUUCUUUUUUGUUUAAAUUUUUGUUUUUUAAGUUGGAAUAUUAAAAUUGUUUUCCUUUCAAAUCUAAACUAGUUAAUGAAAAUUUAAAAGUUUUUGUUUCUUCUGGACCUCUGCUAUUUUUAUUUUAAAAAAAAAUUUUACGAUAAUAGUUUUCCAUUAAAAAAUUGAAAAUAUUUCUUUCCCUAUUGAAACGGUGUGUUUAUUUUUUUUAUUUAGUUGAAAUAUAUAUUGUCAAUAUAACAGGAGCUAGUAUAGAAAAGAAAAUUUGAUAUAAAAUUUGGUUAUGAGUGGAAAAUUGUUAAAAAUAACGAAAAAAUAACCGGAAGUGUGAAAACUGGCCAAAAUUGAGAAAGUGGAUAAAAUUGGGUAAAAAAUUUAUGAAAAUAGUAAAAAAUGGACAAAGAUUGUUAAAAACACGGAAAAAUGUGACUAAAAUUGGACAAAAAUGGCUGAAAUUGAAGAAUAUAUUGGAAAGUAAUUGAAAAUUUGAGGUGGAUGAAAUUGGGGGAAAUACACUAAAAUUCAUAAAUUCGUUUAAAAUAUGGAAAGUGACUUAUAUUUGAAAAAUUGAUUGGUAAUGUGUAAAAAAUUGGGAAAAUCCUUAAAAAUAUUGGAAAAUGGCCAAAUCAAUAAUCGAGUGUCCAUUUGGUAGGAAACAUCCUUUUAAACAACUUACGUAUUCUGUCACAGACAGAAGUGGAUAAAAGCAAUGAAAUACUAUUUACAAUAAAUUAACAGUGAAAAUUGUUAACAAGAUGGCUGAAAAUGUCAAAAAACAAUUAAAAACUCGUUAAACGUGAAAAUAUGACCAGAAGAAAAGGAAAAGUAUUUGAAAAUUGGGUUAAAAGUGAAAA